AUGAAAUGGAUGCUCAUCACGGUGUCCUCGUAUCAACUCGUCAUCAUAUGUUUUGACCGCUUCUUUGCAGUUGUCUAUCCUCUGACUUUCAAUCGCAUGGUCACUAAACGGCGGGUGUACAUCUGUACAUCUCUGGUGUGGUUGACGUUCAUGACCGCGGGAAGCAGGGACAUAUUUAUCUUUAAAGUUGAUGACAUCACUGGACGUUGCGUUCGUCAAAGGUUUUCCCCUGAAGGCGACAUGGCCUUUGCCGCUUACUUCGUCUGUCUGCGCAUAGGUGUACCCACUUUCUUGAUCCUUUUGACUCAACUGUUGAUCGCCAAGAAACUUCAUCAAGAGGCCCAACAUUUCUCCAAGAUCUUAACCGAAGGAUCCGUCACCGCCAAGCCAUCAAACCACCUUACAGCCCGCACUCGCGUUCUCAAGAUGAUGCUCAUUGUCAUAAUAGUGUUUAUCAUUUGCUGGGCUCCAUCUCAGAUUGCCUUCUUCUGUGCAAACAUGGGUUUCAUUGCAAGGAGCUACCUCGGGAGUCCACUACAACGUUCUCUCAUAACAAUGGCGUUCUUCAAUUCAUGCUUGAAUCCUUUCAUCUAUACAGCCAGGAAUCCACAGUUUCGUACCGCACUCAAAGGCAUCUUCAUCUGCUCUCGAGCAAGCCAUGAUCCUGUCUUUGAGCACAAAUUAGUAGAGACGUCCUCUAGUGCACCUGUUACCGCACCUGUUAGUUUAUCUUCUGUUUAG